ACCCGCUUGCGGGCGGCGCGGGAGGGCGGAGGAGGGAGCCAGGGCGGCGGAGCGUGUGUGCCACCCGCGGACCGGUCACGUCCUCGCGCGGGCGCCGGCACCCGCGUCGUGCAGAACCCAGGGUGCCACAGCCCCGCGCUCGCGGCCCCGCCCCGCCGGGUGCAGCUCGACCGACGCACGAAGCCGCGCCCGGGAGGUGAAGGGCCGGAUGCGAGGCAGGGAGCCGGAGCACAGCCUGAGGCAGGGGGGCCUCGGGAAGCGCUGGGCCCUCCAGCCGUGCUCAGAAACAUCGCCACAGCAACCAGCGGCCAGACAGCAGUAGCCUGGGCAGACACUGCCUAGGCAGACGCAAGAGGACAGCCACGGGGAAUGACUACGGCAAAUCAGGCCACACCGCUGACAAGGGAGGUGGAGUGUCACUAGAGGGGAGGGUGUGGUCUCUGCCCCACUCUACCGAGCGCCAUGCCCACAGGAGAAGAGGUGCUAAGGCAGGGAUUGCAGUUUGAUGCUGCCGCGGCCUUGCUCCCAAGCCAGUGCUGAGCAUUCCCGGGUCAUCUGUCUUCUCUUGUCUGCCUCAGCCCGCAUCUCAGCGUCCCUCACUGUGACCAUCCUGUCUGUUGGCGAAAGGGGGAGAGGCACCCAUCCUGUGCUCUGUACCGGGGGGGCCUCCUGCUGCCGGACCAUGGGAUGUCGGCAAAGCUCAGAGGAGAAAGAGGCGGCACGGCGGUCCCGGAGAAUUGACCGCCACCUGCGCUCAGAAAGCCAGCGACAACGCCGUGAGAUCAAACUUCUCCUACUGGGCACCAGCAACUCGGGCAAGAGCACCAUCGUCAAGCAGAUGAAGAUUAUCCACAGCGGCGGUUUCAACCUGGAGGCCUGCAAGGAGUACAAGCCCCUCAUCAUCUACAACGCCAUCGACUCGCUGACCCGCAUCAUUCGGGCCCUCGCGGCCCUUAAGAUCGAUUUCCACAACCCAGACCGGGCCUAUGACGCCGUACAGCUCUUUGCACUGACGGGCCCAGCAGAGAGCAAGGGUGAGAUUACACCAGAGCUGCUGGGCGUCAUGCGGCGGCUGUGGGCCGACCCCGGGGCUCAGGCCUGCUUUGGCCGCUCGAGUGAGUACCACCUGGAGGACAAUGCAGCCUACUACCUGAAUGACCUGGAGCGCAUCGCCGCGCCUGACUACAUCCCCACAGUGGAGGACAUCCUACGCUCCCGGGACAUGACCACGGGCAUUGUGGAAAACAAGUUCACCUUCAAGGAGCUUACCUUCAAGAUGGUGGACGUGGGCGGGCAGAGGUCGGAGCGCAAAAAAUGGAUCCACUGCUUUGAAGGCGUCACGGCCAUCAUCUUCUGUGUGGAGCUCAGUGGCUAUGACCUGAAGCUCUAUGAGGACAACCAGACGAGCCGAAUGGCAGAAAGCCUCCGCCUGUUUGACUCCAUCUGCAACAACAACUGGUUUAUCAACACCUCGCUCAUCCUCUUCCUGAACAAGAAAGACCUCCUGGCGGAGAAGAUCCGGCGCAUCCCGCUCAGUGUCUGCUUCCCAGAGUACAAGGGUCAGAACACGUACGAGGAGGCCGCGGUCUACAUCCAGCGUCAGUUCGAGGACCUAAACCGCAACAAGGAGACCAAGGAGAUCUACUCGCACUUCACCUGCGCCACCGACACCAGUAACAUCCAGUUUGUUUUUGACGCGGUGACAGACGUCAUUAUACAAAACAAUCUCAAGUACAUCGGCCUUUGCUGAGGAGCCAGGCACGGCCCACUCGCCUGUGGUGAAACCCACGGGGUGUCACACACACCCCCCACCCCGGCUCAUGCUAGAGAGGCCCAACCCCAGGGGCAGAAAACAGGGGGCUUGAAGGAUGUGUCCCCACACACACACCCUCCCCAGCCUCUGCCUUCUUGGCCCUAUGUUUCUGCAAACAUAAAUAUAUUUGGAUAGAUUGCUAGGUAGGUAGACACACAGACACACACGCACACCUGCACACCCUAGGAUGGCGGAGUUCUCCAGAGUGUCGAGGUUUCCUGAAGUCUUAAGGAGCUGCUGUCACAAGUUCAUUCCAAGGCCCUCGCCCCCUUCACUCUGCCUUCCUGAGUUGGCCCCACCCUGCAAGGGGGCUCACGUUGGACUGCUUGCGGGGGCAGGGAGAGGCUACAGGACUGGGACUAGGUCCGGCCCACUGUGCCCAUUGCCUGGAAGGAGGCCAGCUCACAACUGAGCUCUGCACUGGGGACUACAGCUGACCAAGAGGGAGGCCCAGAGCAGGGACUGUGUGUACCUUCCCUGCUUGCCACGCCCAACUCAGCCACUCUGAGGAAGCAAGUGACUGGACGAGUCGGACCUCUAACCACUGGUGGCUCUUUUUAAACAGCUAAAACAUAUGCAGCAAAAAUUAACCCAGGAAAAUGAGUGGCAUCGUUUAUUUCAAACUAGGCCAGCUGGGUUUCCAGCUUCCUUCUGCUGGUCUGAUGUUUUAUAAAUGGAAACCUGGUUUUUCUUCUCUAGCAUCUUUUUUUUUUAUUUUUAUUUUUGGCCAAAUUUUAUGUUUUGCAGGAAAAAAAAUCUACGGUUUCGGAUGUGAUUAAAUAUUCUUUUUUAAAAUGCAGAUUUUCAAAACACAUUUCAUUUCAGGUGUCCCUUUUGUGUCUGGCUUGCUGAGUAUAGAAGUUGUCAUCUGGACGAUUCUGCUCCUCGGCUCCAAAGAAUUCUGGGGCAAAUGGCACCCCGACGCCAGCCUCAUGGGACAUAAUGUACAUAGGCCUCUGCAAUGUCCUCUUGUAAUUGGUGCCGUUUUCUGCUUUGUUUUUAUUUAAGAAAAAAAUAAAUGUGAUGUAUUUACAGAAGGUUCUUUACCUAGGAGCGAAUGAACAAUAGCUAAAUGUCUUGGUAUUUAAAGUGUAAAUUAUCUAUGGCUUUGCCAAAUGAAGGAAGGGGAGGCAAAAGGUGGUACUCCCGGUCCCCGAUACUCCAAGCCUGAGGUGGGCUGGGAGCUGCUCAGACUCCUGUGAAGGAAGCCCUGCGGGGACCAUGCAUUCCAGGCCUUGUAGCCCCCGGGCCCACAGGCACUGGUCCUGAAAGAGCCCCGGCUGUGUAUAAAUGCAAAAGCCCCGGCUGCCAAGGGGAUGGACGGCACUAGAACCCUCGCCAAAUCCCACUCAGCCCUUUGUUUGGUUCCCGUGAGUCCAAGGUCAAUGUACAGAGUCUUGCAGCCAUGGAGUUGAGAUGUACAAAGGGAGAGAAGGGCGGAUGAGCAUAUAAAAGUCAAAGAUUGUCUACUUUAAGAAAAUAAAAUACCCUGAAUGGA